GGAGGGACUGGCAGUUUGUGUGCAGGAGGGAAAGCGAAUCGGUCCAGGGCCCCCAGAUUAGCAGGCUAAGGAAAGGCCUCCGUGUUUUCGGCUGGCUUGCAUCCCCAGAGGUGUACAAAGCCCUGGAUCCUAAGUUUUCAAACAGACUUGGAGAGAAAGAAAACAUAGCUGAAAAACUAAGGCAUAUUUGUCCAGGGGGAUUUCCAGGGGAAAAGCCUGCCUGCCUGGACCGCAAGAGUACCCUACACACACGGAGAAACAUUCCCUGGGACUGGUGACACUCGUCCAGCCUCCCUCUUGCUGAGAAGGUUUCCACACAACACUGCAACAAUGAAUUUCCUUCGGCGGCGUCUCUCAGACAGUAGUUUUGUGGCAAAUUUGCCCAACGGCUACAUGAUGGACUUGCAGCGUCCUGACAACUCCACAAGCUCCCCGGUUUCUCCUGCCACGGAGAGAAAGCACCCGCAGCCACCGCAGCCCUCGCACUCCUCCUCUAGUGGCACCAGCAUCUUCAGCUCCAUCUCCAGUGCCAUGAAGCAAACCACGCAAGCAGCUGCAGGAUUAAUCGAUCACUCGGCCAGCCCCACACCACCUGUGGCCCAGAAACCCAAGAUCCUCCUGGUGAUCGAUGACGCACACACGGACUGGGCCAAAUAUUUCCAGGGGAAGAAAGUGAAUGGAGAAUUUGAUAUCCGAGUGGAACAGGCUGAGUUCGCUGAGCUGAACCUGGCUGCUUACGUCAUGGGCGGCUGCAUGGUGGACAUGCAGGUCAUGAGGAACGGCACCAAGGUGGUAAGGUCCUUCAAGCCAGACUUUGUCCUGAUUCGGCAGCACGCCUACAGCAUGGCACUGGGAGAGGACUUCCGUGGGCUCAUCAUCGGCCUCCAGUAUGGUGGCAUCCACUCAGUCAACUCCCUCUACUCCAUCUACAACUUCUGCAGCAAGCCCUGGGUGUUCUCUCAGCUCAUUAAGAUCUUCAGCUCGCUGGGUCCUGAGAAGUUCCCACUCGUGGAGCAAACAUUCUUCCCAAGCCAUAAGCAGAUGCUCACAACUCCAAAUUUCCCUGUAGUGGUCAAGCUGGGACAUGCUCAUGCUGGAAUGGGGAAGGUCAAAGUUGAGAACCAGCACGACUUCCGGGACAUGGCCAGCAUAGUAGCCAUGGCAAAAACCUAUGCGACCACGGAGCCGUUCAUUGACUCCAAGUAUGACAUCCGAAUCCAGAAGAUUGGCAGCAACUACAAGGCUUACAUGAGGACAUCGAUCUCUGGAAACUGGAAGGCAAACACAGGUUCCGCGAUGCUAGAACAGAUUGCAAUGACAGAGAGGUACAGACUCUGGGCAGAUGCCUGCGCGGAAAUGUUUGGAGGGCUUGACAUCUGCGCUGUCAAAGCUGUCCACAGCAAAGACGGAAGAGACUAUAUCAUUGAGGUGAUGGACAGCUCGAUGCCCCUGAUCGGGGAGCAUGUGGAAGAGGACAGACAGCUUAUAGCCGAUCUGGUUGUUUCCAAAAUGACUCAGCUUGUCAUCACUUCUGGAUCUACACUGUCACCGCUGAGGCCUUGGCCUCCACAAGUUCAGCCCGCACCAAUGAAAUCUCAGACCGGACCUCAGCUUGGACAACUGUCCCAACCACGGCCUCCUCCCCAAGGUGGACCACGCCAGCCCCAGGGAUCUCAGCCUCCACGGACAAAUGCACCUCCACAGCAGCGGCUCUCUCCUCAAGGACAGCAGCCCCAGAGUCCCCAGUCCACUUCACCUCAGCAGCAAAGGUCACCUGGAUCUCCACAGCAAGUCCGAUCAGCAACUGGGUCCUCUCCAGUCCAGGCUUCCAAGGCAGGCGCGUUCCCUCCACAGCAGCCUAGACCUCCUGCUCAAGGUCGAGCUCCUAGCCAGCCAAGCCCCACUGAAACACCUAAGCAGCAAGCCACCCCACACCCACAUCUGAAAUCCACGCCCAGCAGCAGCGCAGCCAACCAAAAGACCUGCGUAACUCAGCUGGCAGAGCAGACAUGCCAGGGAGGGCAGGCAACAGCACACAUCACAGGGGACAUGGCUACCAACCUGCUGAACCUCUCGUGCUCGCACAUCUGGAAGGACAGGACCAUCAUUCGUGGUGUGACUGAUGAGAGACAGGUGACCCUCACAAAUCGCAGUCCCUGACAAACACUUUCAGCAUAUCUGAAUCAUCCCAGCGGGGAAAUGCCAACGAAGAUGAAGCAAAAGCUGAGACCAUCCGCAACCUGAGAAAAUCAUUCGCUAGCCUGUUUUCCGAUUAACAGCCCUGCAGCUGGAUCUGUGCUUUUGUCAGCCCUCACUCUUCAUAUCAGUGUACCUGAUGUCAUCCUGGAAUACACUCAAUGGUACCCAGCGAUUUACAACUAACAGCUGCAUAAAGGGAAUUUAGAAAACUAUAGUUGUUUUAAUACAAAGAAAUUAUUCUAAUAACAGUCUGAAAAGUGACUGUACAAAAGUGGCGCUAUUUCAUUGUUUUACGUGCGUAAUCAGAAUCACAUCUGCUCAAAUGACUGAGUUGUAAAGCAAAUUUUAUUCUUACUAACCCCUGUGGAGUCAAUACAGUUAUGACAGUGCAAACUCGA